UUGCCUGGUACUAUUCAAACCUUUGAAGUCCUCUUGGCCGUGGCUGAGGAGAGGUUGCCCAGGGCUCUGGGGCCGACCUUCUCUGAACUCUCUUGCGGGCCGUGGCCGCCAUUCGGUCUUCCGGGCUCACGAGUGGGGCCCUUUGUCUAAUAGAGGGGGCUGGUGAUCCCGGAGCGAGCAAUGGAGGGGGAGCUUCUUUUCGAGGACCUGAAAGAGCUUGUGGAAAAACUGGUAGAAACAGAGGAUCCAUCAUCUGCGCCUGAGUCUAUUGACAGACUCUACAGUGAAGUGGGAAAUGUGGAAAAAAUGGCAUUUAGUGCUACCCAGAGAGCCCAGAUUGAAGUACUUGCAGUGAACCUAUGGAACUGGGCAGUGAGCAGAAGAGUAGGUCUACUAAUCCCUCCUGAACAAAAAGUUAAAUUGUGUCAUAUUUCUUGCAAGCUGAUUUUUCUAUUUGAUGGCAACUCUCCUGUUGAAGAAGCCGUUCAAAGACAGAUUUUGAUGACAAUGAAAACUGGAAAAGGGUGGGUUGAUGUUGGCAAUGCUGCAUUGGCUGAUGGGUUUCUUCAGACUGCCCAGAAGCAUCUAGAGAGGCUGUGUGCAGAGUUCCUGGAGAACAGGUGUGGCAGCCAGGAUGAGGAUGUGCAUAAGAUCCGUCUGGACAGGGACCUGUUUAAAGUGCUUUCUUACCAGGCUGAGUCGGCUGUUGCCCAAAGGGAUUUUCAGCGAGCUGUCAUGUGUGUCCAACGCUGCAAAGAUCUGUUGCCGAGGCUGCCCCGAGUGCCUGGAUACCUCUCAAUUCUCUGCUAUAACUUUGGAGUGGACGCCUACUACCAGAAGAAAUUUGAAGAGUGCUCUCAUUGGCUUAGCCAAAGCUAUGAUAUUGGGAACCUGAAUAAGAACACUCCUACUGGCCAAGAUAUGCAGUGUGGCAAACUUUUUGUAGUCCUAGCUACUGAUUGGGAGCAUUUACAUCCAGCUGGAUUAUACUUAAAGAUCAGAAUCCUUUUAAGAUGGGAAGCGUCAGAUGAAGAACUCUGUGAAGCCACCAUGAAACUGCUGGAUUUCAAGGUGCCUUUUGAUUCCUUUUUGAGCACUGCUAAGUUGCUUCUGGAGCAUGGAAGAGAUUCUGUUGGCUUUGAUUUUCUGAAGACUGUCUGUGACCGCUUUGAGUCGUCAGCAGAUGUUGGGAAGGGCUUUCUGCUCCACGUCAAGCUCCUCUUACAAAGGAAGGAGGAUCAGCUGGCCAAGAAGAAGGUUGAGGACAUCCUUACAGCUCAUCAUGCAGGAAAAGAGCUGCCCCCACAAAUCCUAAGCUGGCUGCACACCAUCCUUUGGGACCGAGCUGCCCAAAAUUUUGAGGCGCAGAAUUACUUCGAGGCUUUGCAGUGGUACAACUAUUCCCUGAAUUUCUAUCCAUCUGGGCAGAUGGAUGCAGACUUUGCCAAACUGCAGAGGAAUCGUGCUUCCUGCUACAUUCAUCUGAAGCAGCUGGAAAAGGCCAAUGCAGCUGUAAAAGAAGCUGAAAGAUUUGAUGCUGCCAACAUUUUCACCCAGUUCAUCAUAUUCAAGAUUGCGGUCUUGAGGGACAACACUGAGGAAGCACUGACAGCAGUCGAUGCCCUAGAGAAGUCUGUGGGAAACUCAGCUGCACAAGAAAAAGAGAUGGUUAAAGAAGAAAACUCAUCGACUGCUUUUCUCACGUUUGCAGCCCAGUUUGCUUUAGAGAAUGGGCAACAAGAUGUGGCUAGAAGAGCUCUGGAGUACUUAUCUCAACACUCACAAGACUUGCAACAAGUCCUUACUGCUUUGAAGUGUUUGAUUCGUCUAACUGUGCCCCAGAUCUCUCAAACAACAGAAUGUGAAGGAAACCGAAAGGAAGAAAUAAGUAGAAUUUGGUCUUGGCUGAAGACAGCCCACCAGAGACUUGCUGAGCCCGUAGCAAAAGAGAAUCUGACUUUGGAUGUGUGGACUAAUGAAGCCCAUUGGUUCCGAAAAAUAGCCUGGAACUUGGCCAUGCAAUGUGAAAAGUGCCCGGGAACCAUGCGAGACUUCUUCCUGCUUUCUUAUGAGCUAUCCCAGUUAUGUCCCUCCGAGAAAACAGUUCUGACUUCCCAAAAGGCCUGCUUGCUGAUGGUGGCUGCUGCUGAUUUAGAACUUGGGAGAAGCGCUUCAGAAGCUUCCCAGCAGACUGAGCUGCUGAGUCGGGCACUUGAGCAUAUACAGGGGUGCAAAGAAAUCUCGAAUGUCCUGAAAUUAGCAGGGGAUGGCUCCAAGGAUCCAACUGAGAAUUUGCUUCUCCUUUAUGAAAUUGAAGCCAGAGCCAAGCUGCAUGAUGCGGGCCUGACCAGCCUCCUGGAGUCCGUGUGGGAGCUGCCUCAAUUAGAGACUAAAAUACUAGAGACAAUUGCCUCUGUAGCAAUGGAGCACCCGGCCCACUAUCCGGACAUCGCCAAAAAGGCCUUGAGAAAGGCUUUAUCCCUCUACCUGCAAGGAGAAUCCAUCGAUGUUGCAAAGUUCAGCAAAUGUCUGCACAGCUUCAUUAACCUUUCACUGCCAGACGAGGCACUGAGUACAGAUGUAUGUUCCCUGCAAGACAUUUGGAGUACCUUCGAAGUUGCCCUUCGUGUGAUCAGCCACUCGGAAGAAUAUCCACAGGUGGAAAUUCUUUGGCUGAUGACCAAAGCCUGGAAUACUGGAGUCUCUCAGUACAAAGAGGGCAUGUAUGCAACUGCUGAGAAGUGGUGCCAUCUGGGAAUUCGUUUUCUUGACCACCUUGGUUCCCUAAAGAAGUGCUAUGAAGGCCAGAUGGCCGACCUCUAUGGGGAAGUCCUAACCAAGGUGGAGAGAGAUAAGAGCUUGCCCCCCAAUGAAGAAUAGAGCUGCCAGAACUUGGAAUGAAGAGAGGUACUCAGGAGCAGUGUCUAGGUCUGUUCUUGGAAGUAGUUGAGUCAUGGGGUUAGAUGGAAUGAAUAACGUGACUGUUGGGGGAGAGGGGAAAGCGUUCUUGAGCAUUGGAUUCAGUUGUUCUGGCUAAUAAAAAUGGCCGUACCUCCUUGU